AUGGUGUUACAGCUUGUGCAUUAGCAAAGUUAGUAAUUAAAACAGUAAAUUCAAACCCAACACCAGUGUGUAGGAGCUAACGACAAUGAACAACCUGCUGCCAUCCCACCGCCCAAAGUUUUUGGUCGAUUUUAUUGAAGUUGUUAAUACACAGGUACAUCCCAUUGCCUACACCUGUACACCGUCUAGAGCAGAGGCUUAAACUUGCUCGUUUGUGAAUUAAAUGUUCGAUUGUUCAGCUUCCCCACACCAAGAAAAGGACGUACAACUAUUUUUGCUUAUCUGUCAAACCGCUCCAAGGCGCCUGUAUUUGAUGACUAUUUUCAGACUGCUGACGUUAGCGUUUCGUUUUGCAGUCCCUUCUGGAGUUGUGGAGCAUCUCGAUGCAGAUGCAAACAGACCGAGUGAUAGAGAGGGAGCUACGUUGCUUGUAUUCGAUUCACGUCUGAUCCGUAUAAUUAUGUGCUCGAGCAAAGGUCCAGAAGGUCACAACUUUUUAGCACCCAUCGUUUGCAUAACAUAUCGAACCAUUAACGUGGACUUAACCUACCACCUAAAUGCUGCGGUUAAUAGCACGAUUCAGUUUCCCACUGCCAAGGAAUGUGUGCGAGCUUUGCUGGUUGACGAACGAUGGCGAGCUGUUAUCACGUACGCGAAAGAAGUGGUGGUGAUAAGUUGAACUGCUCACCGAAGCCUUCUAAAGCUCGUUCAAAUUGAAACACUCCAAAAUCUGUGAGUUUCUGUGUUGUACCUCCACGGUCAAACUAAGUCAGAUCUUUAUCGAUAAACUUUUGACAGUUGAAUGGCUGCCUUGAAAUAUGGGAGGAUGCUUUUAUCAAUUCAGUUUAGUUUCAUUACGGAUCACGACUCUCUGGAGACUUGCAAUAGGGUAAAGAGAAUCUUGAUCAACCUAAAAAUAACAUACUCUGAGGCGUUUUAAAAUCCGCCUUAAUGCACGCUAUCCACGUGUUGAGUGUAUACUCGACCAAGCAGCGGAGGCCCGGACCGUAACGCCGUUACUCGGUCCUGUCAACGGAUGACAGCGAUCGACGUGCCAUGCGGUUCAUCCUUCGUGUUCGGGCUUCGGGACCGAUCGGCCUCUUUCUUGAUCCAGCCGCUGCCGAGACAGGACGCGUUAGACGAGCGAAGUUUUAGCCUGUGUGUGUGUGCGUGUGUAAUAAGUGUAAUAAGUGUAAUGUAAUAAAUAAGUUUUAAUUUGUUGUAAAACCGCAAUCGUCCGCGUACCGGCAUCAUUGUCUCCCCCGAUAUCACCAACAUAAAAGUGGCGACGAGGAAAUUUGGUAAAAAAAAAAAAAGUGAUACACACGCAGAGCAACAAUUCCUUCCUCACGCAAACGCCGUCGUACGGACUCAUCGAUGGAGGAAGAGCAGCGCCGUCUCUCGCAGCAGUUCGAAACCCCGGGUACUGCGUUACUACAACCCGGAUACGGCCAACCGCUCCCGUCAAACGCUCCAGCGGUCGAGCAGCAGGGAUCUCAAGCGUCCUCGGUACAUUUUUCGCCAUCGCUAUCAUCAGCGCCCACAAGCCUUCAUCCGCCAUCGCUCGCUCCAGCCGCUUCGAUGCAGCACCCGCCAUCGCUACCAGGCGUGUCACAAAACGGUGAGCCAACAAUGUAUCAAAUAAUGCAGCUUCUACGCCAAUUAAUGACAAAAAUUGAGCAACAGCCACCAGCAUCACUGCCCACAAACGCAUCGCAGCAGCAGCUACCAGUAGUGCAUCCGCCAAGUGCAUCACAGCAGCAACCACUAGUAUCGGAAAUCGCGUCGCAACCGCAGCAGCAGCAUCGGUCAGCUCCAGCCAAUCCGGAGCAAAUCCUGGACUCGCUGGCGAGAAACAUCACCGAAUUCCGCUUCGAGGCUGAAGCCGGUCUAACGUUCGAGGCGUGGUACUCGCGCUACGAGGAUCUGUUCGUCAGUGAUGCAGCCAGGAUUGACGAUGCGGCCAAGGUACGAAUGCUUAUGCGGAAGCUAGGAUCAAUGGAGCAUGAGAGUUGCAGCAGCUACGGAAAAGGACCCUCUACUGCGCGAAGUGUACCGCUACGUCCAAUCGGGUUGGCCAGGCAAGGUCAGUUAUGGUGCGGAAUUGGCCCAAUUCCACAACAGAAGGGAAGCACUGACGACCGUUGGCGACUGUAUCCUCUUCGGAGAGAGGAUUGUGAUUCCCGCAGCUUUGCAGCAGAGAUGCCUUAGACAGCUUCAUCAAGGGCAUCCGGGCAUCCAGCG